GUCCGUGUUAACUUCAGCUUCAACCUUUCCACAGGGUCGGAUAAACCUGUUGGAUACCUUAUUAUAUAUAUUUUUUCUGAUAUAUUCUUUUGUCUUGGCUUUACUUUUUUUUCUUUUUUCUUUUUUUUUACUGUAAUUUGACAACCAAUCAGGUAAGGACAAUGGAGCAUAAAACUGAAAAGAGGUUCCACAACCUGACCCAUGAGCAAGUCGAGGCUCUCGACAAAGUGCUGACUGAGGUGAUCCCGAUCCACGGGCGAGGAAAUUUCCCCACACUGCAGGUGAGAGCCAAAGACAUAAUUCGUGUGGUGAAAGAUCAACUGAUGGAGAGGGACAUCCAGGUUAAAGAUAUACGCCUCAACGGAGCCACCGCCAGCCACGUCCUAGUGAGAGAUAACGGCCUGGGCUACAGAGACUUGGACAUCAUAUUCGGAGUCGAGCUGCCCAGGCAGGAGGACUUCCAGGUGAUCAAGGAGGUGGUGCUGGGCAGUCUGCGGGACCUCCUCCCAUGUGGAGUGAACAGACGGAAGAUCACCUGCCUCACUAUGAAGGAAGCAUAUGUGCAAAAGAUGGUGAAAGUGUUCAACGAGCAUGACAGAUGGAGCCUGAUCUUGCUCUCCAACAACAGAUCCAAAACGGUGGGGCUCAGAUUCGUUAGCUCGCUCCGGAGGCAGUUUGAAUUCAGCGUGGACUCCUUUCAAAUAAUACUGGAUCGCAUGCUGGAGUCUUACUGGGAGAGUGACAGGAGAGAAGAAGGAAAACUGCCUUUGAAUGCCAGGAAUUCGUCAAAGAGGCACAGCAACAAAGACAAUAACAAGAUACAAGGACAAUCAAGCAGUCAUCAAGAUGUCAAAGAGGAUGCUGAAAAAGAUGGAGCGAUGGCAGCUAACUCAGCCCCUUCAAGCCCUGAUGAAGCCGUUUCUCCAUUUGAGCUGAAAGAUGAAGAUACGGAUCAUGCAGAUGGAAAGUAUGAGGCGAAAGGACCUGAGGGAAACAGCCUGCAGCAAGUGGAGGAUGAUGUGGGUGGCUGUGAGGGCGUCCAUUCAGAGGAAGACAUGUCAGAGGUGUUUGAGCUUUGUGAAGAAAGCACAGAACAAAAAGAACUGUUUGAUGGUGAUUACCCCUUGGAAGCAUCAUCGAAAGCUUUCUUCCCCGAUGCAAGAGAUCCAUUAAUGACACAUCCAUGUUUAAAACCACAGACGACUGAAGAAGUGUCCAUAAUAAACACUGAACCAUCAACGUCUGAAGAAAUUGCUCAUUUUGAGACAAGUACAAAGUUAGAGGUAAACAUCGUGAACUGCAAGAUGGAAAACACCCCAACUCUACAAGAUUCCCUCUGUGAAUACUCCUUUCCUCCCCCAGCUAAAAAAACUUGCAGCACAUCACAGGACAUUGUGCCAGACUACUGCCCUUCUCCAAAACUGCAAAGAAAAAUGUCACGGAAGCUGAUCAGCCAGCCUGAAAAGUGGUCCUUACUCACCGAUGUGUCAGACCUUACAACUCAGCUCUUUCCGCCAAUAGAGGUAGUGAAACCUCUUCAGCCAAAACCCUCUGUAUCUGAGAGCGCAGACCUUCAUGACUCAAACAUUUUAUGUCCUGAUUCAGAACAUUUUGAGGGUAAGGACAUGCUUACUGUUCCUUCAGACAGUCCAGAACUUACACCUCAGGAAGGUGCAGGCUCGUCUGAUUCUCCAGAGCAAACAGUGAAGCCUAAACACCUCAAGAAGCCUCCUGAUUUAAAGACUCAAAGAACCCCGGUUUUAUCGCCUCAAGUUGAUGAUCAAGGUCCUAAACUUCCUGACGCUGUUCCAAAUAGUACCCCAUUUGUUAGCGUAGAAAGUGAGCCUGUUAUCACUGUUGAGGCAGAGUGCAUGUACGGAGACUUUGAGCAAGCGAUGGAUCACCUUCGCCAACGCCUCAUUGCCACCCACAACCCAGAGGAGAUCCGUGGAGGGGGACUGCUGAAGUACAGCGAUCUGCUGGUGAGGAACUUCCGGCCAGCCAGCGAGACUGAAAUCAAGUCCUUGGAGCGUUACAUGUGCUCGCGCUUCUUCAUCGACUUCCCUGACGUAAGCGAGCAGCAGCGUAAGAUCGAGGCCUACUUGCAGUGCCACUUCAUCGGCAGCGAGGAAGCGAGCAAGUACGACUACCUGAUGACCCUGCGGCGCGUGAUAGACGAAAGCACGGUGUGUUUGAUGGGACAUGAGAGGAGACAGACCCUCAACAUGAUCACCGUCCUUGCUUUGAGGGUUCUGGGGGAGCAGAACGCCAUCCCCAACACGGCAAACGUCACUUGCUUUUAUCAGCCGGCGCCAUACGUGUCAGAGCCAAUUUACAACAGCUACUACAUCCCUCAAGCCCAACCGCCACUUGUCUACCACCCGUACCCUUUGCAUGUUCACAUGCAAUCUGGCCUUGUUUAGCCAAGACGGCACACUGGCAUGAAGGCAUGCACUUAGCAUGGCACUCUGCAAUCAGAGGCAUUCAUGGAAGUUUUAGCAACAACAGGCAAUAAAAGUUGCAGUGUUGUUUAAAGUUUUAAAAUCCCUCCUGCUUACAACGGAUAUUGGGUGGUCAGGGCCGAGGCGGACUCAGAGGUAAACGUGCACUCGUUUUAAGAAACACGAGAGCUUGUUGAGAGGAUUUUAUGAAAUCCGAGGAGACCUGCUGUACGGCUGGUCCAGUUCAGUUUUGGAGCACUGAUUACCCUCCUGCAUUGAAGGCAUCAUAAUAUGUCUACAUGAUAAACACCUUUAACCUAUUAAGUGUAAUCUGUUGCUUUUUGGCUGCAAGGAUCUUGAAACCUUGGUCUGGAAAAAGUUCGAGUCAAUUGGUUAAUCCUGUGGGAUACAAACACUGUAACUGUUUUGUGAAUCGUUCGUCUGAACCACAUUCAGUGAUCCCAUACCUGUGUACACAUUGUUUAGAGAUAAGUUUACUGUGGGGUUAGAUUAGACAGUGGUGCUUCCAUAAUGUGGUAAAUUAUGUAUCAGUGGAUGUGAAUUGUGAACACAUCAUGUGAUAAAGAUACAAUAGCUGAAGGCAGUAAGAUAAUAAAUAAACCAGAUUUAAAAGAUUUGAAUAAAUCGCCUCUGGUAAAGUGAUGCAGCACUGAAAACCAACAUGUGUUUAUGAAUCAUUUAGAUAUCAAUUAUGUAAGUGAACUUCUUUAAAUGUGAAACCCUGCUCACAAAAUAAGGCGACUGUAAAAACACCUGAGUUCAGACUUCACGACAUUGUGAAACAAAAGACAAAGUGUGGUGUCUGCACUGGUUUGUGUUGGGAAUACUUUUUUUUUUUUUUUUUUUAGUAUAUAGAGUCCCACUGUGGGAGCUUGGAGGUAAUUGAAGAGUCAGUCACCACUGCUGACAUUCAAAGCACAAAGUUAUUAUUCAGGCCUUGAUAUCUCCAGUUGUUAAGACGGCCAUGUUUUACUAAAAACGUCUAAUAAAGUAUCUCCUUCUGGAGUGGUACUUUUCCUGGUAAAAAUCAAUUGAUUAAACCUGCAGAAGGCCUCUGCGCAUCACCUCUGAAUAAAUGUCUUGGACUCUCGCUACAGUUUCUGCAGAAAAGAAAGGAAAUAACAGAAGUUACAAUCUAUUAAUUAUCUAAUCAAAGCGUGUAUAUGGCAGAUUUGAUAUGACGACUUCUUCCAUGUGCCUCUGAUUAUGAUUGAAAAAAGCCUUUCCACUUUCAUUGGGACCUUGGCUAAAGAUGCAUCAAAAGCUUGAAAAUAAUUAUUUAUUAGAAAAAUGUAAUACAUUGGAAACGUUUAUUUAUUAAGCGUAAGACAAAAAAAAUAAUGUUGGCAAGGAAUAAUUUCUUGAACUCACAGAUGCUUAUCUUCAAAAAUACAGAAAUUAUAUGUCUCGAUGGUCAUUUCAAAUCAAUCAAUGUAACCAGUGCUACUGCAAUAAGAAAAUAUAUACAUGUUAAGGCUUUUUAUUUAUCUUUACAAAUGCAAAGAUGACUAGUGUGAAAUAUGUGGUGUAGGUAGAAAACUCCUGCUAAUUCAUCGUGUUUCAGAAAUAACACCAUUUAAAAACGUGCAUCAGUUUCUACUCAAAUAUUUCACAGUUUAUGAGAUGAAACUAUAUUCAGAAAUGUGUGUCGCCUGAACUUGUCGGCUGAUCUUAGACUUAGCUGGGUUCGACAUGAUUUGAUUGUGGUUGUCUUAAACUCCAUCAGAUUUAGGUAAUUGCAUCUUAUUCGAGGUGAACAGGAGAGACCGCUAAGUGAUGUAUGAAACAGAAAUACUUUCAUCUUUUAUGAGAUUUCACUGUGAAGAUUCAAACUUUGACAGAGAAAACACAUGUUUAUAGCUCCAGCGUUUAAAAUGACGGGAAAUGUGUGUAAAAUUGAUAUAUUCCUCUCAAAAGUAUCAGCUGCAGUGUGGUAAAGUGUAGAUAAAACACAUUUUUAAUGCCUUGGUUUUUUUCCAUAUGAAACAAGUUGAUAAUGUCCGAUUCAGCAAUUGUUCCUGAGACAUUGUGAUGCUUUCCAGGUUUUAUGGGUCGUUUUUUUGUCACAUUUUCUUUGAGCUACUGCUGCGUCUCAUUCCUCUUGAGGGAAGCAUCGCAGAGAUUUGCUGCGCUACGAAAGUCUGAAUGCAUGUUUUCAUUACAACGCUUGGAAGAAAAUAUGCCAGUUUUCUGCUGAAGUCAAAUCCCUUUUUCUUUGUCAUCCCAAGAUGGAUUUUUGCUGGGAGUGAGGCAUUGCUGCGGUCAUGAACAUGCACUGUUUGUUUGUUUUUUCCUGCCUGCUGUCUUGUGCGAAGAAAAACAAAAACAAAAAAAGAGAAGAAAAAAAAAAGAAUUAAAGUGCAGCCGUCGGUUCCUACACCAUGUCUCACUGUGUGUGUGCAAAGCACUCGUGUUUAAUGUUUGUGAUUAACAACAAAAAAGACAAAAUGAAGCAGGUAGGUACCCACACUGACACUGAAGCACAAUGUAAAUGCACUUAGGUAUUGUUGAGUAUUGACAGUGUUUGCCAUGCGUGUGAUCCUCCAGCUCACUAUUGAUAAUGACAGUGCGUGUAAGUUGUCCCCCUUGUAGCUUCGAUAUGGUCGUAUUUAUCUUUGGGGUUCGUUAUAUGUGUCGUUGAGAGAAACUCUUCUUGCAGUAAAGGCACUCAGAUAUUCCUGUUAUGAAAUCUAGACGCUCAAAUUGUUGUCAUUGUGUUAAUAAAUGUAACACAACUG